GUCAAAGCCAACAUAGCGUUAUUUAGUAUUUAUAGAUGUACAGAGCUUGAAACCUGACAUUCUGCCCUGCCAACUCUGGAACCCAGACCUUCAAUACUGCCUGAGCCCCCUUAGUCGACCAACCAAAGAACCUUGAUCCUCUGUGGAGUGGACUGUACCGGUCGAAGAUUAAGGUGCAUUGCACAGCGUUGCCACUACUUCAAACAGUGAGCAUCAGGGAAGGCGGCAGCCAUGAGGCGCCGCGCUCUCCUGCGAGGAAGUUACGCUUUGCUCCUUUUAGUUGGGAUAGCCUUUGGUUCCGCGCAGCUUGAUACAGCAGAUGAUUUCGGGCUUGGCAGCUUUGGUCUUAGGCGGCUAUCAGCGUAUUACCCGAGAAACUUCGGGUCGCAGAUUCCAGCUGCGUGUUAUCAGAGCAGCUACUUUUCCCCCUUUCGGAUCUACUUCCGAUUCCUGAAUUACUCCGAUGCCUCACAAACGACGUACGUUUUUCAGCUUGAUGUGUCAACUUGUCCUGUUCCAACGGCAGACUGCUGUCGCCUAUGGCUUGACCACAUGGUCGUCCGGACAAGUCCCUCCUCGCGUGUUAUUGGGGUUAGGCUGGAUGGUCUGGCGAAGGAAUAUGGCGUGGGGCCUGAGGGGCUCACGAUAUACAACAUGAGCGUGGAGCCUACCGUUCAGCGGUCGCUGACAUUGGAAAUCACGACGCCGUCUGAAGGCUACAACAACCCUGUGGACCUGUGCCCUCAAGGCCGCUACCCGGACGCUUGCGACAUCAUCUCAUACGACGCUAGCGAGACAUGCUGCGUGGAGCGUUCUGCCCUUCCCUAUGCCAUGUUUUUCCCAGCCCCCCCUAGUCCCCCUGGCACCGUCGGCCCAGUACUCAAUGCGCCGCCACCGAAGCCCCUAAAGUUGACACCGCCAUCACCACCACAAACAGGCCCUUCGUUCCCGCCUGCUACCCCGUCUCCUCCCCCACCGCCACCUGAUGGAUUUGACCUCUGCUGUGUGGACGAUGUACCCCAGUCACCGUACGUCUUAACGUAUUUGGGAAGCAGGCCGACGGGCUCUGAUACAGCCUACCUGUUUCAGAUUAUGGUUCGCAACGUCGCGAUUAUUGAUUAUGACGUCGACGGACCUCAGUAUGGUGAUUGCGCGCAGAUGAACCUUCGGGACCUUGGCAUUGCGAUAUACGGUGAUCUGAUGGUGAAGAGCGUGCUCUUCAACGGCACUGUGGUAGAUUACACGCUGCAGCCGCAGGGCACUACCCGGAACGCCAGCUGGCUCAGUAUUGGUUUAUACAGAUCCCUGGACAGCUUCAGGAUGGACGUCCUGCUCGACCUUGUCAUUACUGUUCGUGGUCAGGUGCCUUCGCUCUGCCCGGCUAAUGACAUCUUGCAUUCUGCCACGGCGUGCGAAUGGAGCAUGCAUGGGAAGGAUGGCUUGACGCAAUGUUGUCCGCAUGGAAUCACGCGUCGUGCUGGUCCGUUCGACGACUGCUGCGUUGAUGACCUGGGCAAGGCGCCUUACCGGAUGCAAUACUUGGGUGCCAACGUGGCAUUAAAUCAAACGGAGCAGUACUUCGGCGUUUCGGUUACUCCUGUGACUGGCGAAGAUAACGACAACACGGAAAGCAUUGUUUGUGAUCACAUGACGUUGGACUCGGCGCAGAUCGCAAUUUAUAAAAACGUGGAGGUGCUUCAAGUCAAAUGGGAAGAUAGUUCCUUGGACUUCAACAUUACCCCGGCCACCCGUGUAUCUAACUGGCUAUUCGUCAACAACAUCAACCGCUUCGUCAACAGCUUUGACGCAACUGCCCCUUCAAAACUAACCGUCGUUACCCGUGGCGCAGUGCGCGAGCUAUGCCCAGCCGGCUGGCAGCUCGGUGCAGAUGAUGCGACGGUCUGCGAGUACACGUUUCAUGGAGCGCAGAGUAACAACACCUGCUGCCCACAUGGCGUCACGAGCGCCAAGUUAUGAGAGUGGAAUAAAGGGCAACUGGUGACGAGGAUGGGAGCUGCUUUGGGUUGAUGAGGGCGGGCGCUGGGGAUGGGACGGCGUGCGUACAGUUCGUGAUACAGUUCGUUUUGUCGUAACAGCUAAUGAACAAGUAUGAAAAGCGCGCUGAGCUUCUGAGUCAGCUAGGCGGGGCUAUGGAGUCGCUGGUCGGUCAGUAAGUAGACGGCAACAAGUAGUCUGCUGCGGGAGGUUGGAUGCGGCUGGUGGUGCGCAAGGAGCGGUGUUACGUUUGCCCGGGGUAGAUGCACUAGUUGUGAUUUGCGUGUCUUCUUGUGGAAGAUCAUCGAUUUGACGUGACAUUUAUCAUUGCUUAUCGGUCCAGAUGACCGGUUCUAGGACCUGACGGAUUUAGUUUUGUAAAGACCUAGCCCCAUGUGUAAUGUAGAGGGUCGCAAAUGAGCCCGGUGUUAAUAUAGCGAUGGUAGUAGAGCGAUGUAAGCAUGCUGGGAACGGAGGAAAGUAGUCGUGCAUGCAUUGCUCUUAUUGACAUUUAGCGCAUGCGAGGUCACAAUAGGAAGACUACUGACGUUACAUAUUUAUUGACAAGCGCCGAGGAGAAUGUAACGCAAGCUUCAUG